AUCAGCUGCCGGUGGAACCAGUAAGAGGACGCGGGAGGGAGCCUGGGGGGAUCGGGCUGCCUGCUUUAAUUUGCAGAGCUCCGGUUCUGUUCCUGUAGGUCUGCUGCUGUAGCCUCAGCGGCUUUAGCGGGGAUUUCCACUUACUUCGGUCAUUAUGAUACAAGGCGGCUCCUGCUUUGAAUCAGAACUCGAUUUCUGCCCCGAGUGUGGUACUGUCCUGCCUUUGCCAGGGAUCCAGGACAAGGUGACAUGCCCCUGUUGCUCUUACUCCAUUGAUGUGCAAGUUUUUGAGAUGCGAAUUGUGCAUACAUCCGUCACAUUCAACAGUGCAGAUUCCACCUCUUUGAAGAUGGAGGAUGAAGGAAGCACAGUCAAGGGACCAUUGAUUGACAGGAAGUGUCCCCAGUGCGGGAACGAGGGCAUGGCAUACCAUACGCGGCAGAUGAGGUCUGCGGAUGAAGGGCAGACGGUCUUCUACACCUGCGUUCGAUGCAAGUUCCAGGAAAAGGAAGAUUCUUGAUCGGCUUUACCCAAAUGUUUGGGGGACACUGUGUCUGAGGAACUUGACUUCCAAGGGUUAUUUUUGCCUUGUUACUGUGGCCGUGGAGUCCUUUUUGAGUUCCAUGGAAACAUUCUGUUACUUGAGAUGGGGGAUUUCGUGCAUAGUGCCUGUCGCUCCCCUUGUAACGCCACACAGAAUAAAGAACUUUAUGGUUUUCUUUGCAUAUGCAUCAUCUUGUUUGUUUGAUGGUCAAUAUUAUUAUAGGGGGGUGGGUCCUCAUGUGGAUUAUUUCCUGCCUGCUGUACUUUAACUACCUUUUCAGAGUACUCUUGAUAUUUUGUUGGAAGCCGCCCAGAUAGGUGGGGUAUAAUAAUUACUACUACUACUACUACUCCUCCUCAAAAUCAAAUUGGUGAAGAGCGGCUUUGCCUCAUUGAAAGUUUUCUUCUUGGUUAUCAUGAUUCCCACCAGCAGAUUGUUACUGAAAGUACAGAAACAAAGGGCUACAUCUAUCGUCUUUUCAGCAACUUCAUUGCGACCAAGGAAACAGAAGUCAAGGCAGGGUUCUGAAGAUGGAAGUAUCAGGCUACACAGCUAGAGGUGGGCUCUGGUCAAAAUGGCUCCUACUGAGUUUAGUGGGACAACAUAAUCUGGAUCUAAUUUGAUAUACUCGAUUAGUCUGAAGUUCUACUAAAAGUAGAGCUAUUGAAAUUAAUGGAUCUAGUCUAGCCUUGUUAAUCAGUUUCAAUGAGUCAUAGAAUAAGAGAAUCGUAGAGUUGGAAGGGAACCUGAGCGUCAUCUAGUCCAGCCCACUGCAAUGCAGGAAUCUCAACUAGAUCAUACAUGACAGAUGGCCAUCCAACCUUUGUUUUAAAAUCUCCCAAGGAAGGAGAGCUCACCAACUCCCUAGAGAGUCUGUUGCACUGUCAACUGUCCACUGAAUCUACUCUGAGUAAAAAUUAGUUGAA